CACACGGCAACGUUGAUAUUUUGAUCAGGCAAAGAGAGAGAAAGAGAAAGAGAGAGAAACACAAUCAGAAAAAGCUCUCGUGUUUCUGGGUUUUUGGAAUUUUCAGCACCCAUCAAACCCACCAUCAUUAAAACUGCAAUCGGUGGCCAAAGUUUGGAGCUUUUUGGAUCCAAGAUCAAAAGGGUAUCUCUGGUUUUCGAACUUUUGAUGGCAAAUCUGUAUGUGAAGGCUGUGCAACCAGCGGAUCUGAACAGGAACACGGAGUGGUUCACCUACCCUGGCGUGUGGACGACCUACAUCCUCAUACUCUUCUUUUCAUGGAUCCUCGUUCUCUCCGUCUUCGGUUGUUCCCCUGGCAUCGCAUGGACCAGCGUCAAUCUCGUCCAUUUCCUCGUAACAUAUCACUUUUUCCACUGGAAGAAAGGAACUCCAUUUGCGGAGGACCAGGGGAUCUAUAAUAGAUUGACUUGGUGGGAGCAGGUAGACAAUGGAAAGCAGCUCACUCGUAACCGGAAAUUUCUAACAGUUGUUCCCUUGGUGCUGUACUUGAUCGCCUCACACACAACUGACUAUCAGAACCCAAUGCUCUUCUUCAACACCGUUGCAGUGAUUGUGCUGGUUGUUGCUAAGUUCCCCCAUAUGCACAAGGUCCGAAUUUUCGGAAUCAAUGCUGAUAAGUGAAAAAUCUGUGUAUCCCUAAAACUUGGUUUACCUUCUCAAGAGCCUCUUGUCCUUCUCUUGUUCUGGAAAAGGCCAUACCUUUGUAUAGAAGACAGAACUGGAAGGAUUACUCAAGUAAUGUUUUGUUGCCAACUGUUUUUCUAAGCUGCUUCUAAGGUAUUAAACAAAUAAAUAUGUUGAGUUAUUUCUGUACAGUAGAGAAAAUAUAUGUAUCGGAUUAUAACUGGUGCUUUCAAAUGUACCUUCCUUUAUUUCUUAUCCUCUUUUAGUAAUGCCUUAGAACUGAUAUACAAGAAUGGUCAUUUGCGUUUGCAUUAAA